AAAGGGAGAAAGGAGAGAAAUGGGCCUCGCCGAAGAGCAAGAAGAAUCAUUGAAGGUCCCAAAAAAAAAAAAAAAAAAGCUGAGAAGCACGAGCGAAGAACAACUGAGAGCACAAGCUGAAGAGCAGGGCCGCCACAGGUGAUCUUACCCUUCCUGUCGGCCACCUUCUUCGUGCUGUUCCGUUUAAUCGCAGAAAGUUAAAGUGUCCGUGUGUUUCUGGUCUUCCUGGCGUCAUCCCAUCAAUCCAUUUUGCUUUCCUUUUAUUUAUGGCUGUAGUCCUGCAAGAUGGAAAAGGGUUUGAUAUGGGCUACAACAAAUGAUUUGGCCCGAAAUAGAGGAAGGGUUCUCUCACUGUAUCGCCAAAUACUAAGAAGCCUCAACUCUCCGAAGUUACCGCUUAAUUUAGCUUCUAGAAUGGCUAAGAAGGCAGAGGUACGUGCCAUUUUUUUGUUGGGGUCUGAGGAACGAUCACUGCACAACAUUGAUGACCUCAUUGACACUGCGGAGUACUCUCUUUCCCUUUUAAGAAAAGGUGAAAUCCCUAAGCACAUUCAAUGAGCAAGCUGAUUUACUCCUCAUGUAUAGUGUUUUCAAAUGUCUCUCCUUUUUGUUAUUUGGGUUUAUUCAUAAAGUGUCAGCUGUACUGGAUUCUAUUCUUUUGGUACUGGACCUAUAAAUGGAGUGGUAGUUGCUUUGCCACGUCGUGAUUAACAAUUUUUUCUGUUUCAAAGGUAGAAAAAUAUAUCUAUUUUUCUCUA